AUGGGAACUUUGGACAACCUGGAAAUUUCCAGUGGUGAUUAUACCUUCAUGACAUUCUGGGAUGCAAGCAGCAUGACUAUAGACAGCAGUACACUCCAUCCCCUUUUUGGGACGGACAGCACUGGAAUGAACUUCCAAGUGGCAAAAGAGGGAACCACUUCAGCCAAGCUAUACCAUGGCACAUCCUCAACCUGCAGCGCUACGGUCACCAUCGAGUCGUCCUGGAAUCAUGCUGCAGUGGUGUACUCUUCAUCUGCACAAACAUCGUCAUUCUAUAUCAAUGGGGUGCUUGCUAGCCCGACUUGUAGUCAGUUUAGCACAUCGGGCACUACAGCCUACUAUGGUGGCGGAGAUGGGAGUACCUGGACAGGCAGCUUAGAGCAAGCAAAGCUUUACACCAAGGCUAUUGGUACCGAUGACCUGUUGAAUUUCAGCAACUGGUGCUCAACCUACACGUGCAGUGCAGCCUAUCGUCGAAAUUCCAGGCACACCACUGAUGCUUGGGCAGAUGCGGGCUCGACUUGUGCCGAUCAGUAUUCCGAGACGCUGCCCGUGGCCACAUCUGGCUCCGUGGAUCGCACGACAAAAGGCACUUAUACCGUCACCUAUGACUGCACCACCAAUUCAGGCGGCACAACCUUCGAUACCUUUGAUGCCACGAUCGAGACGAUGCAUCAGAGUAUCACGUGGGAUGCUAAUACCCGCCUAUACUAUGGAACAAGUGGGGGAGUCACAGAGACUGGACUAGACAUGAACUGGACACAUUGUACCGAAUGUGACUUCCUGGGCACUGUCGUGGGCUCCAGGCUUGUAUGGGCCUGUGAGAUUUGCGAUACCGCCCAAACGAAUCCUGGGGAAUCGAGCUGCAUGUACUCGAGCGAUAAUUCAACGACCACGGACAGAUGCGGUUUGAGCGCUACAGGAGUCGUCACUAAGGGUCAUUCCAUUGAUGCAGCAUGGAUCAAGACCUUCACAGUGAAGUACAAAGCUGACAGCGGUAGUACGUUUACAGAGAUUUCCGGGACCUUCACUGGAAAUUCCGAUCAGAACACGGAGGUGGAGAACAUGUUCUCAGCCACACAGACGGCCAGAUACUGGCAAAUUGUUGCACAGACCUACGAGCAAGUUGUUGCAGCCAGAGUUGCGAUGAUUGUGUGCAGCUCAACCAGUGCAAACACCCAUGCAGAGUGCAUGUGCGGCUAUGUCACACCCGUGAAUGAAGAUGACAAGUGUCGGACUGACGUGUCGGCAGAUUGCAUCGACACAACUGGUUUCUUGCCUGAAAACGACCAUUCGACCAUUUCAGCUGCCAGAGUCGCUGAUUAUACAGUGAAUUCGGAUGUCUCGGUGAUCCAAGCCAAGGCACCCCAGGGACAGUCUCAUUGGAUGACAGACACUGGGCCAGGCAGCUGGAGCGACAGCUCGGGUAAUUUCAUCGAGACUGGCAGCACCUGCAUCACCCAUGAGGGAGUGCAAGAUACCCCAACGGCUGAUCUUAGCUACCUUCCUUUCACGACGGAGCGCACGUAUGUGAUCAACUACGACUGCAGACGACGUCAAGCUCCUACCCUGCAGCGCACGGUGUCAGUUCGAUAUCCGCACAGGUUCGAGGGCAAUUCCAAGAAAGUCUGGACACUGGGAAUCUUGGCGCAGAAGCUCCUGUGCCUUGCCGUGGGGGUGGAGUGGCGCUUGGGAAUUGGCAUCAGCUCAAGUGGCACGAUCACAACCUUGGGCCAGUCAGACUUCGACCAGCGAUUCGCAGCCAGCACAGACUUUGCGAUCUAUCCUACCUUGGCUGAUGCCUUAGCCGGCACCAAUGCCUGGACUUCGUAUGGCUUUGGUGGAACGGAUGUUGGCUUCCCCGGCACUUCCGGCCCGUCAUCAGCCUCCAGCAAUCAAUACAGCAGCAUCGCAGUGUCAGAAUGUUCAUCAUCCGCAUCACAGACGGGUCAGCAAAGCAACUUCUACAUCUAUGACUAUGCUUCAACCAAAGUUCCUGGGACGUGCACGCGCUCCGUGACCGUCGGAAACGGUGCACAUUGCAAGCAUGAUGGAGGCGUUGAAGCACGUUUGGGCUUCCUGAUGUACACGAAAACGAAUCGAGAUACUCGAUGGUCCUCCACUACUGCUGCGUCUGGUGGCUACACACAGAACUUAGUUUGUGCACGAUUCACUGGUUUGGAAUGGCAAUACCUUGAAGAUUCAACUUGGACAAAAUUCACUCCGGUGCCCACCGAUGUGCUACUGGCGCGAAUUGAGUUUGACAACAGCACCAUUACAUCAUUGAAGAGUGAGGAUGAGGAAUUCUUUACGGUGAAAAUGGGUUACGUGGAUGGAGACUUGGAAUUUUCCUUUGGAACAGAUGUGAUGGGCGUUGUAGGAACUUCUUUCGUGGCAAGGUGUGGUGAGGAUCUUUGGUGUAGCGGUGGUGUUCGUGCCAACGGUGUGGAUGGAGCAUUGUUCUGCUGCAGUUCCAGCUGUGGAACCUGUGGGGGAAGUGAUUGCGCAUCCAACGGAGGCUUGGACAUUUGCUGUUUGGAUACCCUCCUCGAUGCUGGAAGAGUCUGCCGAGAUCACGAUGACGUAUCUUGCUUGAUUCCCGAAACGUCCGUCCUUUGCGGUGGCAACUUGCAGUUGAACAAUUUUGAAUCAGCGGAUGUUAUGGCAGCUGCGGGUUGGACAAUUGACACUGCGGAUGCGAACGUGUGGCAAUCUGAUUCUUCUUACAUUGGAUACCGGGGUUCGCCCUCAGCUGGCAUUUCUUUAACUUUGAGCGGAUAUGGAACUCUGGAACUUACCUUCGGCAAUGGCAAUAAUGCAGCUUCUAACACUGUUGAAGUUCUAUUGGAUUCCGUUUCGCAGGCAACGGCGAGCAGUUCGGAGUCAGAGAAAACGAUUUCUGUAGACUUCACGAAUGGAAAUGUGUUGGCGAUCAAGAACAACGGAGAUUCAAUUAUCCUUGUGAAAGGUCUUGCCUUCAAGUGCAUGUUUCAAGAGAUGUGGCCGAGGGUUGUCAUUCAAUCGGGUGAGUUUGAUGCACCUAGCGGGUAUACCCCUUGGCCAGCGGAAGACUGCUAUCAUGAAUUUGAACUUGAGGGUUCAUGGACUGGCACCGUCAGUCUGAGUACAUCCUCUGUUUCUACGGCCUCAGAAGGUAUCUUCACAGUUGCUUACUCCUGCACCAAGGACAACGUUGAAUCCACUCGAUCUCUGAUUGUCCAAGUCCGCCACCCGAUCAGACUCAAUGGGCUCCCUGACAUGAUCGUGCGCCAAUCCUCAGGAGGAACCUUCAAUGACCCGGGUGCGGCCUGUGUCAGUCGAGACCUUGUCCCACUGACAGUGACAGCAUCUCCAUCCUCCUUGUCAUUGGACACAGUGGGUGAGUAUACCAUUACCUAUUCUUGCACUGAUAGCAGUUCAAGGACGUCCAGUAAGAUCAGGAACGUGCAAGUGGCACCAGCCAUACAGCUGCGUGGCGAUGCGGUGAUUGUGAUCGAAAAGGAUGUAACAUGGAAUGAUCCCACAGCUCAGUGCACGGACGUGGACAACAAGGGUCUAAUUCAGCCUACUGCUGGCACAGUCGAUACGUCUCAAGUUGGCGACACUACUGUGACCUAUUCUUGCAUAGACAGCGCUGGAACUCAAUCGACAGUGACGAGGAGCCUGACCGUGUUUUUGGAUGUUCUUCGCACAUUCUGA